UGCUGAUAGUAACUGAAGUUUUAAUCGAACAUAUUCCACAAGGAUCAUCCCCAAUAUGCCCUUCGAAACUGCAAUUACCUCCACCCUCCGGGGCUCUUCCACGGCCCUUGGUUUCUGGCUCACCCUCCCCAGCGCAGCAGUCGCAAAAACCAUACUGCACGGCCAGCCUCCCAGCCCAGGCCGUUUCAGCUGGGUCCUAGUAGACGCCGAGCACGGAUUAAUAUCCGACCGCCAUUACUAUGAGCUUUUCAACGCCAUUGGCUCCGAAGACGUAAGCCCGAUUGUCCGGGUCCCCUGCGCAGAGGAAUGGAUGAUCAAACGGGCGCUGGACGCCGGUGCUCACGGAGUCAUGACCCCCAUGUGCCAUUCAGAAGUUGAAGCCGCCAAAAUCGUCCAAUGGACCAAAUACCCACCCCUUGGCACACGAGGCUACGGCCCCAUGUUUGCGCCGCACGCAUUCCCUGGCGUCGCGCCCGGAGCGGAGUACGACGAGGGCUCGCAAACAGGCACGAUUGUAGUUGUGCAGAUUGAGUCGAAGGCUGGUGUCGAGAACGUGGAGAAGAUCGCAGCUGUUGAAGGCGUCGAUGUCCUGUUCAUCGGACCCUUCGAUUUGGCGAAGCAGAUGGGUGUUACGAGGGGCGGGGAGGAGCAUGAGGCGGCUAUUCAGCGGAUUUUGAAGGCUGCGCAUGCGGCAGGGAAGAAGGCCGCUAUCUUUUGUACGGAUGGUAAGGAUUCCCGCGUGCGCGCGGAACAGGGAUUUGAUAUGAUUUCGGUGGUUACGGAUGUGGGGGUCUUCAGGGCGGGGAUGUUGAGUGAGUUGAGGACUGUUACGGAGGGGCGGUGAUUUGGGAUCUGGCAAUGAUAGAGAUAUAAAUGUUUGGCUACCAGGAUGAAGUAGAGAUAGCUAAUCAAUCCAUUAUGGCUCCUUUAUGUGAUCGCU